CCCGUACACAAACAGAGACACGCUAAGGAGUUCAGGUCAGGUAAGAAUGGCGAGGCCUUUGCUCUGGCUCGCGCUCUUGUGCGUCUCCUUGUCGUCGUUCGCCGCCUGCGGCCUCCGCCUCGAGCUCACCCAUGUAGACGCCAAGGACAACUGCACCGUCGAGGAGCGCCUGCAUCGCGCCACCGAGCGCACCCACCGCCGUCUGGCGUCCAUGGGCGGGGUGAUAGCGCCCGUCCGCUGGGCGGAGACGCAGUACAUCGCCGAGUACCACAUCGGGGACCCGCCUCAACGGGCCGAGGCCAUCGUCGACACCGGCAGCGACCUCAUCUGGACGCAGUGCGUUACCUGCCGCCCCAAGUGCUUCAGCCAGAACCUCCCUUUCUACAACUACUCCCGGUCGCUCACCGUCCAGGCCGUGUCGUGCAACGACACCAUAUGCGCCGUGAACUCCGAGACCCAGUGCACGCGCGACGGCAAGGCGUGCGCCGUCCUCGUAAGCUAUGGCGCCGGGGACAUCGCCGGGGUCCUCGGGACCGAGGUGUUCACGUUUCGGUCCGAGAAAGUGAGGCUCGCCUUCGGGUGCAUCAUUGCGACCGAUAUCGCGCAGGGGUCACUCGACGGCGCGUCCGGCAUCAUCGGGCUCGGCAGGGGCGCGCUGUCGCUGGUCUCCCAGCUCGGCGACACCAAGUUCUCCUACUGCCUCACGCCAUACUUGCGCGACACCGUCAACCCGAGCCACCUGUACGUCGGCGCGUCCGCCGAACUGAGCGGCAACGUGCCGGUGACGUCCGUGCCGUUCGUCAAGAACCCUAAGGAGGACCCCUUCAACACGUUCUACUACCUGCCCCUUGUCGGGAUGACAGUGGGCAACGCCAAGCUAGCCAUCCCCGCUGAGGCGUUCGACCUCCGGCAGGUCGCACCGGGGGUGUGGGCCGGCGGCGUGCUGAUCGACUCCGGCUCCCCGUUCACGAGCCUCGUUGACGUGGCGUACCAGGCACUGGGGGCAGAGCUGGCCCGGCAACUGGGCGCCAGCCUCGUGACCCCGCCGGCCAAAGUGUUGGACCUGUGCGUGGCGCGGGGGAACGUCAGCUUGGUGCCGCCGUUGGUGCUGCACUUUGGCGGCGGCGGGGACGUCGUGGUGCCGCCGGAGAACUACUGGGGGCCCGUCGACAGGGCCACGGAGUGCAUGUUGGUUUUCAACGCGGCGACGCGGACGAACGCGACGCUGCCCAUGAACGAGACGACCAUCAUCGGCAACUACAUGCAGCAGAACAUGCACCUGCUGUACGACCUCGGCCAAGGCGUGCUCUCCUUCCAGCCGGCGGACUGCAGCUCCAUGUGAUGAUGAUUUAUCAUUUAUAUAUGAUGCCUGAAUGAUGCACGACUUAUGUGUUUGUGCGCGUGCACACACUAUAUAUAUGUAUGUAUGAUAUGUACGAGUGCUCCUUUUUCUCCCAUAAAUAGCCGAUCGAAUUGCUCACGCAAUUACACGGCUAGACGCUUGUAUUUUGUUACUUAAUUAACUGUUGUGCCAAGCUAUACUUGUGUAUUUGUUAUACAACCAUAGAAUCUGUAAUCUGCGGUAGUUUAUUUGUUAUAGAAUUGUAAAAUCUAUAUGAAUUCGAUCACUUUACACCACAAUAAGUGGUAUACA